AUGGCCCUCAUGAUGGCUUCUGACGCGUCAAGAAGAUGGCUCGACGAUAGUGGCAUCUGGAGUUGUCGCAUCAAGCUCCCGCAGUCGCAGCCCGAACCUUCCAGACAAGCAGACUCUGGCGCAGAGCUUUCGCAGCAGAUGGCUCCCACCGCAGCCAUGGACGUGACCAUGCAGAGCACCAGCCCCAGCUCACGGCGCAACAAGGGCAAGAUCGUUGAAGCUCUCCAUUCCAUGGGCAACUUGAACAGUAACCUAGAGUCGCUCGAUCUCCCUACCGAUCCAGAUGCGCAGACCACCGUGACAGACUUUCUCGACUUCACCGAGUAUCUACCUGCAGAUAUGAUGCGUUCACUCACCCUUGUUGGUAACCUCGAUCAAACCUAUACCGACAACUCCGCCAGUGUCCAUGAACUCACGAAGAAGUAUGGAGAUCUACCCACCUUGCCGACAGAUGGAAAGCCAGACCCUGUAGCUCUCCGUGCAGACAUCUCGGAGCAUCUCAGUCAAGCUGUUAUCGCCCGAACUCUCUCUCAUGCAGAGGCAAGUCGCAUGGCCGAGAACGUCGACCGUCAUUACAAUCGAGCAAAGAACAUAUUGGCGAAACUGCAGGCGAUGGCAGACAACUAUCCAGCAUCUCGAGAGACUAGCCCAGUCCCACAAAAACAGAAGUCACCAGUAGUAAACCGACCACCAAAAAUUAUGCUACGAGUUGGCACAUCCUCAGAACCUGUCUUAAAAGUACGCAAGCACCGCGCCCCAAGAAUCACAGUACCGGGAGAGGUUCUCGCACCAUACGAGCUAGAUUACGAAUCAUAUGGUUCCGAGACCGAUAUUUCAUCCUCAGAGGAAGAAGAGGAGCCUCUCACACCCAGAGCUACACCUGGCGGAACAGUACCAAAGAUCAAGCUGAAAGUGUCGAAAAAAGACAAGGCUCCAAAGCCGCCUCGCGGACCGAGACCUCCGGGCGUUAUGGGAACAAAUGUGCACAGCCAAGUCGCUGGUAUUUCUACAAGCAAUGCUCUUGCCAAACUGAAGCCUCCUCCGCCAGACGCUGUCAAAGGAGACGACCAUCUUCCUUGGCUUCAGCUGAAUGCUUGGGAGCUUGCUCACCUUCGAAAGAGGAUGAAGAAGAACGCCAUCUGGAGCCCAAGCGAUACCAUGAUAGCACGCGAGCUGAAGCAACUUGGCCGAGGCAUUGAAGCGUACAGAGCAGCUAAAGCCGAAGCCGAAGCUACGGGACAGCCUUUCGAUAAACCAGAGCCGCCUCAACUCAGAGGUGAAACAGUUCAUGCUGAAGGCGCGAUCAGUGUUGAAGCAUUGAAGUUGAAUGAGCCCCAGCUGAGCAAUCGGGGAAUGAAACUUAAUGAGGCAAAGAAGUUGAAGAAGGAGAACCAAGCUAAGGAACUAGCCAAACAAGCCGCGGAGGAGGCUGAGGAAUCCGCGCGUAAGAUGGCACUAGCCGCUAAGGCUAUGGCUGGUAUCUUUGAGCAUAAGAAACCACCUGCGAAGACUCCUAGCAAGAGUGCGGCGAAGAAACGCAAGCGAGAUUCACCUCCUCCAGAAGCUGAAGGAGAGAAGACCGCCGAUGGAGAGUCCACGAAAUCGACCAGACCUCCGUUAAAGAGAAACAAGACUGAGACGCCUGUUCCUGUCCCUCAACCAAUAUCUACGAAGCAAACGUCUCCAAUCUUGCCACCCGAAUCCGCACCUUCCAUAGCUUCCGAGGCAGCUCCUCUUGUUACUCCUACAGAGCCAUCUAGUGAGCCGCUACCCAUUCCUGCACCACUUGUUUCGCCAAAGAAAUCGUCGACACCGAUUCUACCGCCUGUUAAAGAACCGAGAAAAUCUGUCAAGAAGGAAGUCAAGAAAGCAGAGCCUCCUACGCCUAGUGCUGCUACUAGUCGACCUCGAAGGACUUCAGCGGCAGCAACUCCGGCUCCCGCUCCCGCUCCGGUCAUCGUUCCUGAGCCUUUGCCUGCAAAGCGACCUACAUCUUCUCGAAGCAAAGCAGCUAGCGUAGAACCGAAUCCUACCACUGCGACCUCCGAUCGACCCCGUCGAGCAAGCACUGCCCGUAACACUCCUGCUCCUGAACCUCGCCAACCGAGUAAGCGUACAAAGCGUCCUGCUCCCGGUGUUGUUACUGCUGGGUCAGAGGGCUCUACGACCGUCAGUGUUGGUAAGCGUGUCUCAGCCACACGUAAGAAAGCUGGUGCGAAGAAGGAGAAGAAAGACGGUCGCGAGGGUAGUGCUGCUCAGGAAGCCUACGAUGAGAUUGAUGAUGAUGGUAAUAUCAUCGACCCUGACGAGCCGAGAUACUGUAUCUGCAAUAGAGUCAGUUUCGGAACCAUGAUUGGUUGUGAAAAUAGCGAGUGCGAGAAGGAAUGGUUCCAUCUCGAGUGCGUCGGCUUGACGGAGGUGCCAGCCAGAACUACAAAGUGGUACUGCCCUCAAUGCCGUGUAACUCUACGUAUCGGUGAGAAAGGGGAGGUUAAUGCGAGGGGUAAGAAGAAGUGACUAUACAUGGGUAUUGCCCUACUGGUAGGGAGUUCAGGGCUGUACCUGAACCGAAAGUAAGCGUGUUCUUUUGGUAGCAAUGGGCUCGGUCAGAAAAAUGAAGUAUCGCAAGGAACAACAGACCAGGUAGUCAAGGGAGACAACUUGUAUUGCUAUGUAUUAUGUGGAAAACAUCGAUAUUAAGAGCAUAGUGUGAUUUGUAUGAGCUUGAGAACUAGCAUGUUUAUAAGUGCCGUAGGCUGAGACUGUAUACUACUAUAUCUGUGCUUUUCGAGUCUUUCGUUGUGGUGUGAGAGAUGGUAGAGUUGUGAGGCUAUUGGCCAAGUAAAUGAUUCGAGUGAUUUGAAGAUCUUUGUUAGGCG